AUGGGUGGUGCGGCUCCACUGAUGACUACUGCGGCAACGGUUGCUAGAGCCAAUGCAGUGGUGCCACCCCGCCCCCUGGUACCAGCGGUGGUAUCGGCAACCUUAUUUCUAGGUCCAUGUUCAACCAAAUGUUAUUGCACCGCAACAAUGGUGCUUGCCCCCCAAGAGCUUCUACACUACAAUGCCUUCAUCAAAGCCGCCGAGUCCUUCCCGGCCUUCGGCAUCGUCGGCAACACCGACCACCGCAAGAGGGAGAUUGCGGCUUUCUGGCCCAAAGAACAAGGAAGCCCUCCUGACUACUGUGUUCCAAGCGCUCAGUGUCCUUGUGCUCCUGGAAAGAAAUAUUAUGGUCGGGGCCCAAUCCAAAUUUCCUAUUAUAACUACAGACUUGUAGGGAGGGCCAUAGGGGUGGACCUCCUGCACAACCUCGAUCUAGUGGCGACUAACAUGGUCAUCUCCUUUAAGACAGCUCUAUGGUUUUGGAUGACCCCACAGUCCCCCAAGCCUUCAUGCCACAAUGUCAUCAUCGGACAGUGGACGCCGUCAGCAGCUGAUCAGGGCGGUCGGCCAGUUCCCUAG